GGGGGAGCGGCCGGGCUGGGGGCGGUGCGGGGCGGCACGUUUUGCUCUUUAUUGCUCUGCAAGUUUCUUCACAAGAGGAGGAAGUCUGCAGAGAGCACAAUCCACCUCACAGCUGGAGCUGCCCUGCGGGAUGUAGGGCAGGCCAUGUCACCGUACAGCUGCACGCCCUGGGGAGCUGCACUGUGCUGCAGAAGGGAGCCUGCCUCAUUCCUGCCCAACAUGGAGACCUGUUUGCAUGUGCUCUCAUUUGCCAUCUGAAAGCUGGUUCUUCACAAGUGUACUGAGAAACAACUGCAGGCCUCUCUUGCGGAGGAGCAGACGGUUUACACCAGCCAUGUCACCAGCUGAAGAGGUUUCCCAGCUCUCUGGCUCAGUGGAUCUCUGUUAGUCACGCUGGAAUCGCUGACUGGCAGCGUUGAUGUUGAGUGUGCUGUGUUUCAAGGUGUUGAGGAAAAUGCAGAGACGGCACAGCAGCAACACUGACAGUGCUCCUCCUGAAAGAAACCGGAGCCAAACGGUCAGUUCUGAAACCAGCGUGGAUGAAAGCGGAGUGUUUGAAAGCCUGAAGGCUGAGACUUCUUCACCACAGCAGCUGUUCUCCGGCCUGGCAGGAAUCCCCUCGGGAUCCAUCACAGCCACGCCGUUCCAGUCGGGUUUGGUCCUGGGCUCUUCAGCAGGAGGUGGGGAGGUGUUCAUUCAGAUGCCGGCCCCAAGGGAGGAGGGAGCGGGCCGCACGGAAGGAGCCCCGUUUCACCACCGCCAGCAGCCCCAUCAUUUCCACCACAGCCAUCACCGCGGUGCGUCCCUGCUGCACAUGGCGGGGGGGGACCGACACGGGCACGCUGAGGAGGGCAGUGAGGAGCAGGCUGGGACUCCGGCACCGGCGCUUUCAGAGCUGAAAGCGGUGAUCGGUUGGCUGCAGAAGGGCCUUCCCUUCAUCCUCAUCCUCUUGGCUAAAGUCUGUUUCCAGCACAAGCUUGGGAUUGCUGUGUGCAUUGGCAUGGCCAGCACAUUUGCCUAUGCCAACUCCACACUCCGAGAGCAGGUUGCUCUAAAGGAGAAGAGGUCAGUAUUGGUUGUCUUCUGGAUCUUGGCCUUUCUCACUGGGAACACCCUGUACUUGCUCUACACAUUCAGCUCCCAGCAGCUGUACAACAGCCUUAUAUUUUUGAAGCCCAACAUUGAGAGAUUGGACUUUUUUGACCUGAUGUGGAUCGUGGGGAUCACAGACUUUGUGCUGAAGUAUCUCACCAUUGCACUGAAAUGCCUGAUUGUUGCCCUGCCUAAGAUCAUCUUAGCUGUCAAGUCAAAGGGGAAGUUUUAUCUGGUUAUUGAAGAGCUGAGCCAGUUGUUCCGAUCCCUCGUCCCCAUCCAGCUAUGGUACAAAUACAUCAUGGGAGAUGACCCAUCCAGCAGUUAUUUCCUAGGAGGGAUCCUGAUCAUCCUGUACAGCCUCUGCAAGUCUUUUGACAUCUGUGGCCGUGUGGGAAGUGUUCGGAAAGCACUGAAGGUCCUUUGCACCCCCCAGACCUACGGGGCCCGUGCCACCAGCCAGCAGUGCAGUGAGGCAGGGGACAUCUGUGCCAUCUGCCAAGCAGAGUUCAGGGAACCUUUGAUCCUUAUGUGCCAGCACGUGUUUUGUGAAGAAUGCCUCUGCCUCUGGUUUGACAGGGAGAAGACCUGUCCCCUUUGCCGUUCUGUCACAGUGGAAACCCUGCGCUGCUGGAAGGAUGGCACCACCUCUGCUCACUUCCAGGUGUAUUAAAGCCAACAUAUAUCACCCAACAGAAUGACCUGCAUGGAGAGAAGGAAGACCAGAACAUCUGCUGACCCCAUGUCGCUAUGUAAUCACCUGCUUGUUCUCCCAGCACUCUC